AUGGAAAAAAAAGUCGAAUAUUCGUCGUCGGAUAGAAACUCCACGUUAUCCAUAGAUACCGAGAAAGGUAGAUUCGGUAACGCUUUUGAUUGUGAUCGAUCCAAUGCUGGUAGCUCUGUGCACGCUUACUGGAAUAUCGUAUGCUGUGUCUGUGGUACUGGUAUGCUGGGUCUGUCCCAGGCCCUGAGCAAAGGAGGCUGGGGCGCAGUAGCCUUGCUGCUAGUUGCGUGGUGGAUGGCCAUCUACUGCUCCAUCGUUUUGAUCAAAAGUCUAUACCACCCUCGUAAACAACAAACUCGUCUCCCCACCCUCACUGCCGUGGCUCAAGAUGCCUUUGGUAAAAUCGGUGCCUGCGUGUGCUUCUUCUUCCAAACCUGGAUCGUGCUCGGUACGCCUGUCUUGUAUUUGGUACUCUGCGGCUCCAACAUGAACGAAUUAUGUAGAGGAACCGUCGCAGAAAUCGGUCAAAUUCCAUGGACCAUCGUCUUUUCUGCAUUUGUUGCAAUCCCAUAUAUCUUUUUCAAGAGCAUGAAAGACAUGGGAUGGACCAGUCUAGUCGGCUCCGUUGCGAUCUUGGUCACAUCUGUUAUUUGUGUCGUUGUGGCUGCUAUCGACCGUCCCAAUGUAACUGGCGUUACGCACCACAACAUUAUUUGGGAAGGUUACCCUGCCGCCUUGUCCACGAUUGCAUUCAGCUUAGGUGGUAAUGUCGUCUAUCCUAGCGUUGAAGCAUCCAUGAAGAAACCUCAACACUGGAAUCGCGUUGUUGCUGGCGGUGUCUCCACGUGUGCCAUGCUUUAUAUUUUCAUUGCUAUUCCUGGUUACUAUGUCUAUGGAGACUCUGUCCAAAACCCAAUCUACUAUAGCAUCCCCGGUGGUGUUCCUCGCAUUAUCGCUAUCGUCUUGAUGACCGUCAACGUCACAGUCUCUGCACCUAUCUUUUUAAUGUCGUUUACCUUGGAAUGUGAAAGCAUGUUGAACAUUACCGUCGAACGAUGGGGCCGUGUUCGUGAGUUCAUCUUCCGUGCUGCUUUCCGUGCCUUGACCAUCGUCUUUUGCUGCGUCAUUGGCUGCGUCGUCCCCUAUUUUGACUUGUUGAUGGCUCUCUUUGGCGCUUUCGGCUACUGUACCACUAUUUUCAUCAUUCCAAUCGUCUGUUACUGGAGACUCACAGGUUUCAAAUCCAAGCCCAUCUAUGAACUUGCAUGGAACUUUUUGAUCUUGUUGUUCGGCGUCGUCGGUCUUGUCUUUGGCAGCUGGUUUGCCAUUGAAGACCUUAUCGCCGCUUUCAAGAAUGAUGCUUAAAUCUUUCCUUACUUUUCGUCCUGCCUUUUCUACUACUUUGUUUUCCAUACACUUCCCCACCCCACCCCACCCCCGCCCCAAUCGUCAUCAAAAUCACCCAAAACCACUCUUCUUUUCUUAAAAGGAACACGAUUG